UUAUUGUCCCAUCUGUUAAUCGGGGCUACGACGUCAAAAUUCGCUUGGAAAAUAGUUAAAAGGUUAAUUGUUAAAGACGCAGCAGCACUUGACCCAUUGGAGGAGACGGAAGAUCAGUCACAUAAAAGGAGAUUUCUUCGUACCAUCAACUGAUUUUGUCCCACUUUUUUUUUUUGCCACUUAAAAAAAUAAUAAUAUAUAUAUAGUUUUAGUUCAUCAAUGAACUAGAAAAGGGAGGCUGUGAAAGUAAUAAAGUAUAAUAUCUUAGAAGAUCCAUGGAUACUUUCCAGCUAUUUAGGACUGCCCUUUGAUCUAUAGUGGCUGCCUCUAAAAUGAGCUAUUUAGGCCAUUACACAGAGGAUAUACACCAACCCUAUCCCCUUUUUUUCAUUUCUUCCUAUUUGUAGCCCUAAUCCAACGUUUACGAAUCGCUGAAGGAGAGAUUUGGAUAGCCUUAUAAUUAUGGGGUCCGAAGCUAUAGACCCCCAGGAGCUUCUGAAAGGGCUGGACUGUUUUAUUGGGCUAAAUGGAGAAGUGAAAACCCAAGAGGCAAUGACCAAAAUAUUCAAUUUAAUGAAAGAAUCAAAGAAGAUGGUUAGCCGGUGCAUUUACCUAAAUAUCAUCCUUCAAACGCAUUCUGAUGAAAUUCUGGCCAAGUUUAUCAGAGUAGGAGGGUAUAAGCUGAUGAAUAAUUGGUUAACAUACUCCAGGGGCAGUAAUAAUACCCCUCUUCUGCACCAGAUCCUUCUGACCCUCCAGCAUCUGCCCCUCACUGUCGAUCAUCUCAAGCUGAAUAAUACAGCAAAGCUUGUGAAACAGUUAAGCAAGUCAAGUGAGGAUGAAGAACUUCGAAAGUUGGCUUGUGUUUUGGUUGGGGACUGGAUGGCUGUUAUUAGGUCUCAGAGCAACUUGCUUGCAGAAAAAGAGAAGAAAAAGAAAAAGGAAGAUCCUAGAAAGUCACCUGUUCCUGAUAAGAUUCCUGAAGCUAAAACAGAAUCUAAUUGGGAGGAUCAAGGAGAUAAGAAAAAGGAAAAACCUAAAACCUUACGCACAACUGCCCCAAGUCACGCUAAAUUUCGCUCUACUGGUCUUGAGGUAGAAGCUCCAUCGCUUGUCCCGGUUAAGAAGCCCACACCAGCUGCUCCUGUGUUAUCAGACAAGUACAACUUGAAACCCAUCCCUGUAAAGAGACAGAGUCCUUCUUUAACUCCUGGAGAAGCUGCUCCAGUAGAAAAGAAAUAUAAACCACUGAACACCACCCCAAAUACUACAAAAGAGAUCAAAGUCAAAAUAAUACCACCACAACCGAUUGAGAGUUUGGGAUUCUUAGAUGCACUAAAUUCCGCCCCAGUUCCAGGCAUAAAGAUUAAAAAGAAGAAGAAAAUGGGUUCACCCACCAACAAUAAGUCCAAUCCGUUUGAUAGCAAGGCCCCGGGUGACACAACUAUCAGUACCAAGCCAUCGUCACCCGAGUCCGAGCAAUCUGUGGAAACCAUGGAGGUGGAAAGACCAGGAACACCAGUUCCAGCAGAUGAGGUUCCGGAGCCUAUGGAAACAGCCCCUGCUCCUCCUCCUGCCCCAACUGAAGCUAAGCCAAUUGAAGCUGAAGUGCCUCAACUGACCAAAAAAGGGAAGAAGAAAAAAACUGUUAGUUGGCCAGAAGAGAGCAAACUGCGGGAGUAUUUCUACUUUGAGUUGGAUGAGACUGAAAGAGUAAAUGUCAAUAAGAUCAAGGACUUUGGUGAAGCAGCCAAACAAGAGAUGCUAAAGGACCGACAAGCCUUCCAGGACGGACGUAGGAUAGUUGAAGACACCAUGGAAGAAAGCAUCCCAUGGACUCUCCCUCGUCUUAUUUCCCUUCCUGAAGCCCUUGUACAUAGUGGUAGCAACAGCACAGAAAGACAAACCCAGGCAGAGAGAGAAAAAGGAAUCUUGCAGGAGAUCUUCCUGUCUAGAGAAAGUGUUCCUGACAGCCCUCACGAACCAGAUCCUGAGCCAUACGAACCGUGUCCUCCUAAACUUAUUCCAUUAGCUGAGGAAAACUCAAUGGAUGACAGUGUUUAUGGUGAACCCAUGGACCAGAGUGGCGCAUCUCAGUCUCCAGACACAUCAGGAAGUGCCAAACUGCCACCAGUGCUUGCAAACCUAAUGGGCAGCAUGGGGAACUCCAAGAAUCAAUCUAAUCCCCUGCCUGGCACUAUGCAAGAAAUCCUUUCAUCAAUUAUGGGUGCUCAGGGCAAUACAAAACCAGAGGACCUCAUGAAUCAGCCAGACUUCUCCGACAAGAUUAAACAAUUGUUGGGCUCUUUACAGAACCAAGGACCACCAGGGCCUGCUGGACCGGGACAAGCGUUGCUGGGACCAGCACCAGUUGGAAAUGGCUUUCCAAAUCAAGCUACAAACCAUUCACCACAGCACCUGCCACCACCACAUCAGCCACCUCACCAACCACCCCAUCAACCACCACCUCAACACUACCCACCACCAGGUCCCCCUGGACCUCCAUUCCAAGGUCCCCAUGGCCCACCACCUGGCCCCAGAAUGAUGGGACCUCCACCACCACCACCACAACAUGAUGGUUAUUGGGAACCUCCACCUAAUGAGAACAUGCGAGGGGGUGGACCUCAUGGAGGGGGAAUGAGAGGAGGAGACAGAGGACCACCACCCCCAUUCCACAGAAACCGAGGAGGAAGAGGAGAUCCAGGCUUUAGAGGGAGAGGAGGUAGAGGAGGAGAGAGAGGGCCUCCAGGAGGCGGACGGAAUGGCCCCCAUGGAAUGGAGCACAGGGGACAUGGACACAGAGGAGAUAAAUCUGACCGUCCUGUCUGCCGACACUUCAUGAUGAAGGGGAACUGCCGGUAUGAGAGUAACUGUGCCUUUUAUCAUCCGGGAAUAAACGGCCCCCACCUUCCCUAGAUGUGUAUGCUGUUUGAAGUCUUGUAACACCAUCUUCCCUGCGCAAGCAGUGAGCAAACAGACUACGGACAAUGCUAUUCCUUUUUUUGUUUUAAUUUUUUAAUGGCUUCUGUGAGGCCCCAAAAUCUCUCCAUCACCUCAAGCUUUUUGUAAGUGGAACCUGCUGAAAAAGACAGUAUUAGCUCCUCCUCCAUUUUAUUUUCAUUAUUUUUUUUUUCACCACUGAAAGAUCUCCUGCAAACCAAUAAAUGCACAUGACAGGCCCAGUAUAUAGUAAUCAUUCUUAUUUAUUCCGUUCAGGGUAUCCUUGGAGGAGCAAAUAUAAAAAGACUUGUAUUCAGUUAUUUAAUUCUGAUAAUGGGCCAUUUUUAUCUUUGCUGGAGGGAAAAAAGGACAUAAAAACAAAACAAGUUUUACUCAUGAGGAGUCGUGUAUAAGAAAAUUGUGAUGGAGUACAUUGAUUUUUUUUUUUUUUCCUUCCUGCUGCUGCCAUCAUUUAUCUGAUUUUUGUCUCGUUCCCUCAUCACUUUUCCCCUAAUUUCCAGUCUUCCAUCCUCUUCUGUUUCCUGCAUUUACCAACUUUUAUGCUGCUGUUCUAAAACACUACACUAUGUUUGCAUAUCCCAGAAUCUUAAACUUGCGACGACGAUUCGCUCCGCUGUACAAUAAUGCUGAAUGUAUCUGCCGAUAAUGAACAAUUUGUGCAGUAUAGUGAUACUUAGUAUCCAUACAUUGUCAAUGAACAUGAUGCUCUGUAUAAUAUUAAGUAUACACUGUUCAUGAACAAACAUGCUGUGUAUUGGUACACUUCCGGCUUCUAAAUAAGAAAGUAUUGCUGUUAAUCAGAGAAUGUUCAAUGGGGAUAUUUCUGUAUAUUUCAUAAUUUUGCUGCAAAAACAUUUUUUCAGAAUACCGUUCACACUUAAUAUGUAUAUACAGUAUUAAUAGGAGCACAGAGGCAUUUUAAACCUUUCUUGCACCCAUCCAUAUUAUAUUAUAAGGAAUAUAAUGUCUCUGUCUCCUGUCACUUAAAAAUUGUUUUCUGUGAAAACUGUUGACGAAUAUAAGGUAUUUUUUUUAAAUUUUUGUUCCUUCUUAUGGGUCCCUAGAAGGACUUAAUUUUUUUUGGAUCAUUUCUUUCUUGAUUCUUUUUGUAAACUUUGUAAAAGAUAAAUAAAUCCUGUGUGUUGGUCUGUA